AUGCGGAAGCAGUUGAAUGGAUCGUCUUGGGCGAAGCAACCUGCCCACGCACGCUUGCUGGUACUUGCCCUGCGUCUCUUCAAGCUCGUGUUCGGUUUCGCUUUCAUUCUUGUCGCGUUCGCGACCCUCUCCGUGAGAGGUGCCUAUUCACCCGCUAGACGAGCAACUGUUUGCAACGGGCAUGCUGAGCUUUGUGGUCGCAGCUACGGAAACCUCACGUUCGUUGGAGCACACGACUCGCUUGCGUUCAGCAAUGACUCGCUCGCUCUUGCUCGAGAUCAGAAACUCGACAUACCGACGCAACUGAGUCUUGGCAUCCGGCUGCUCCAAGCACAGGCUCACGAGAACCUAUCAGUCUUGACGGCGUCAUCCAUUUUUGUCAUACGAUCCCUGUCGACCGUCUGGGAACCUGCCUUCAACGCGUCCGGCGUCGCCGAUCUCGCAUACGUCCCGCUGCACGUGCCGUUGACACAAAACGAGUGGCCGACGCUGGGCCAGACGGUCGAUUCGGGGAAGCGUGUGGUCGUGUUCAUGGACUUUGGCGCCGAGUCAGACGAGGUCGACUUCAUCCUGCCCGAGUUUGAAAUGGUCUGGGAGACGCCCUUUAGUGUUACGGACGCGUCGUUCCCGUGCUCUGUCAAUCGCAUCAAGGGGCCUCUCAGCACGGAGGAACACAUGUACAUGAUCAACUACUCACUCAACAUCGACAUCUUUGUUGCCUUCCUUAGCGAUCCAGCACAAGCCUCCAAGACGAACGGCGUCACCUUUAUCCUGGCACAUGCGAGCGGGCAUUUCAAGCCGCCGACUUUAUGA